AUGUCACAACAAGAUAUAGUAACACAAGUAUCUCCACAAGAUUACAACACUAGUGUUGCUACAAACCAAAAUGUUAGUGAUUCAGAUGCGGAUUAUAAUUCAAUUAUUCAUUUAAAUAUUCGCGGGAAAGAGUUUACUAUAACUAGAGAUGAUUUAAUGAGUUUACCUGAAAGUAUCUUAUUAUGUUUAUUUCCAAAUGGUGUUUUCUUGGAUGUCAAUGGACAAGUUAUCAAUAAUUUAACUGAAGAUGAUAUUGUUUAUGUUAAUUUUGACCCAUUCACUUUUCAAUACAUUAUAAACACUUUUUAUAAAGCUCAACAGGAUUUAGUCACCAUGCAACAAAAUAAUAAUCAAUUGCAACCAACUUCAAGCUAUGGUGGUGGUAAUAACAAUAGACAAGAGAAUAUUUUAGAUACUAAACCAGCAAUUAUUGUAUUGAGAGAAGAUUUGGAUUUUUAUGUCAUUCCACCAGCUGAAGGACUUAAUGCAGAACAAACAAAACAAUUGAAAUUGGGAGUAAGUGCUCAAUUGUUGAAGAACAAACUUAUCUUUUCAGGUUUGGGAUACAAAUUUGAAGACGAUGAAGGUGAAGGAAUUCAAAUACAUGAUAAACCUGGAGAUGUCGAUCAACAUAGUGGGGAAGACACUGAUACUGAUAGCACUACCAAAAAAUCUAAAGGUCUUGGGCCAGCUGAACAACAUUUAUUUGAUAUGUUGUGUUCUUCUGGAUUUGAAGUUAAAGAUAAAUGGGGUUGUCGAUCAUUAGAGCCAAAUAAAUGUGUUAUCUCAUCAUUGCUGUUGGUUAGAUUGAAAACAAAUCCACCUCCACCUCCAGAAACACCACCUGAUUCCCCAUCAUUAGCACCAGUUGCUUCUAAUGCUAGUACUAAUGGGAGAUCGAGAUCAAGAUCAAGAAUUGCACAAUUGGCAAGCAAUGCCACACGAGCUGCGCUGAGAUCGUUGAGUUCCAAGAGAAAUGGUAAUAAAAGUGACAAUACUCAAACAAAGUUGUUGUUAUUUUGGAGAAAACCAGCUAGAAAAUGUUGGUGGUCUCAUGGAUGGGUAAAUAUAGAAGUUGAUGCCCCAGAUUUAUUUGAUUUGGAAACAGGAAAUGGGAAGAUGUCUGUUAAAGUUCAUAUAAGAAGAGUUUGGACUUUAGAAUUGUCAGUUAUUGGUGUACAAUGA